AUGUGUUUUAAGGUGCAACAGAACCUUCUGGAGCUCCUGGUUCUGGACUGCAGUCCUGUAAGGCAGGGGAAGAUCACAGCAGACACCUCUCUGGUUCUGACAGAGUGCUGGGACGCUGUGGACCCUCCUGGCCGUUCUUUGCCCCCCAGGCCCCCCCGUCUGUGUGUUUCAGACUUUGCUCACUAUGCAGACAGCCUGGCCGGGUCUCGGUCUCUCCUUGACAGCCGGAGGUGUCUCGGUUCUGGGCUGCCUGACGUCUUGCAGGCGUUGGAGUGCAGGUUGGACGUAUCCGUGGUGGACACUCAACGAUGGUCCAGGGUCAAAGGCCCGCAAGGAGAGCUUGUGGACUCAGACGGCUGCGUGUUCAUGAGCAAACAGCUGCUUCUGAGGCUGGGUCUGUUCAACCACGAGUGGGUGAGGUUGUCUCGGUCUGCUGGGAGCUACAGAGGACCGGAGGAAGAGGUCGAUGUCAGGGUUCGCCCCUGCAGAGAGCGCCUGGUCUCUGCAGUCGUGGUGGAUCUAACACCAAGUCCAGAACGGGAGAUCCACGAGGACGUGGGCUUCAUCUCAGCCACUCUGUGGUUCAACCUGACGGAAGGAGAAGCAGUUCCCUGGAAGAACUCUGCGCUGAGGAUGAAGAGACUGAAACCAGCUCCUCCAGAUCUCAACCAGAACUCCUCCAGCUUCUGCCGCUCAGCUUCUCUGCCGUUCGCCAAUGAGCUUCACAUCCAGCCGGUCCUCUCCCCGCAGGGCGGCCACCUCAGCUGCGCUGACAACCUGCUGGCUGAGCACUUCAGCACGCCACGAGUGGUUUCACUGGGAGACAUCCUGACGGUUCCUGCUAAGAACCACCCAGACCUGCUGGAAAACAACGCUGACGGGAUCCACAGGUGUCCGGUGCUCUACUUUAAAGUGCAGAAGCUGCUUCAGUCUGGUGCAGAACGAGGAGGAGGAGGAGCGUUUCUGGCUGAUAAAACUCACACCUCUCUCUACAUGGGAGCGUCCACCAACAGCCGGGUUCCCCCCUGCUGCGUGGAGGCAGAACCUCUGUGGAGCAGCCUGUCUCCUCCAGGCCUCAACAAGACCGUGGACGUCCUCAUCCGCCUCAUCCUGCCUCACCUGGAGCACAGGGACUCUCUGUCCAGCUGCACCGUCCUCCUCCACGGUCCUGCAGGCAGCGGGAAGGUGACGGCGGUCCGAGCGGCGGGACGCAGGUUGAACCUCCACCUGUUGAAGGUGGAUUGUGUCACCGUGUGCGCAGACACUCCCGCCGCCGUUGAGGCAAAGCUGAAGUCGGCGUUCCAGCGAGCCGAAGCCCUGCAGCCCUGCGUCCUGCUGCUCAGAAACCUGCAGCUCCUGCUCAGAGCUGGAGGUGCAGCUGAGGAUGACGGCAGGGUGCAGGCGGCUCUGUGUCAGCUGCUCAGCAGCGCCCCCGCCAGUGUGGUCGUCGUGGCCACGGUGUGCAGAGCUCGCCAUCUCUCCUCUGGUGUCAUGGGGGCGUUCGUCCACCAGGUGGAGAUGGAGAGCCCUGCAGAGGAGCAGCGGCUCUCCAUGUUGGUCAGUCUGAGUCGAGAACUUCCACUGGGGAGAGACGUGGACCUGCAGAGGCUUUCCAAACUAACCGCAGGCUAUUUGCUGGGAGAUCUGAGCGCUCUGCUGACCGAAGCUGGAAGGGCCGCCUGCAGAAGGCUGAUCCACGCCUGGUGUAAAAAGCAGAACAUGAAUCUCGGUUAUUUUACAGCAACCAUUACACCCUGUGGUUUCCAUCCUGGCUCCCAGUAAAAAAAUCUAACCUGGUUCAUUCUUAAUAAGCAGAUCCCUAACGUCCGCUGGGAGGAUGUUGGCGGUUUGGAGCAGGUGAAGAAGGAGGUCCUGGACACCGUGCAGCUUCCUCUGCAGCGUCCUGAGCUCCUGUCUCUGGGCCUAAACCGGACCGGAGUCCUGCUGUAUGGCCCACCGGGGACAGGGAAGACUCUGCUGGCCAAAGCUGUGGCCACAGAGUGCUCCAUGACCUUCCUCAGCGUCAAAGGUCCAGAGCUCAUCAACAUGUAUGUGGGUCAGAGCGAAGAGAACAUCAGAGAAGCUCCGUCUACCUGCAGGUUUGACAAACUGGUCUAUGUUGGGAUCAAUGAGGACCGAGUGUCCAAGCUGAAGGUUCUCAAAGCCAUCCUCAGAAAGUUCCAGUUGGAGCCUUCUGUGAACCUUCAGGACAUCGUGGAUCACUGCCCCGCUGUCGUGACCGGAGCUGAUCUGUACGCUCUCUGCUCAGACGCCAUGACAGCUGCCAUCAAGAGGAAGAUCCAUCUGAUCGAAGAUGGUCUGGAUUCGGAGGACUCUCCCAUUUUCCUCUCUGAGGAGGAUUUCUCAGUUGCUCUGAAUAACUUCAAGCCUUCUGUGUCUGAGAAGGAGCUGCUGCGAUACCAGAACAUUCACCAGGAGCUCUCUGGAAAGUAAAAACCCUCUGUGAGGCCUUUUUUUUUUUUUUUUAACUGAUGUCUGAGAAUCCUAAUGAAUAACUGUAAAAAGCAACAAAAUGUAAAUGACAUGAAAAAGGUUAAUUUAUAAAGAAACAAACGGAAAUAAAAGAGUGGAGCUCUUUAAACAGAGAGUGGGUGUCUGUUUUUUUUCUUUUUUUUCUUGGAUUUUUAAAAAAGUGCGCUGUUCAGAUCUCGUUCUGUGUGAAACGUUAAGAAAUUUACAAGAUUUCUGAAAAUUGUUGAGCUGAAAUUUCAAACUACAUACAAAAUAAAUAUAAAGAGUCUGAUUGGUUCCUACAGAGGAAAUAGGUCAGGUAGGAAACUUUUCUUGUACUCCUUGAAGUUGAAGCGUUUUAUCAAUCACCUGCAGUCGGAUCACUGGGAAUCUGGACCAGCUGGAAAAACACCGGUGGACUUCCCUACACGUUGACAAUCCACAUUGGUAUUAAUUGACCCAGUUU